UAUUUGGCAGUCGAGGCGGCGGGGAGGGUUGAUCUCAGGGUAUCCCCGCGAUUCUUGGUUAUUUUUUUCCCUCUUAACGCUGAAUUAUCGGAGUUUAUUUGUCACUCGGGAGCUAAAGGAAGGACCUGUGAUACACGAAUAAGCCCCUAUCGGAGCCGCGCGGAUUAACGAGCUCCGAGUGACAACAAGAGGUUCACACGGCAGCCCGAUACCAUCACAACAUUUCACCGUCAUUUAUUGAAGUUCUGGUAGCACUCGGGCAGCAUUUUCUCCUCUUUCGUGGUGUUUGUUUCGGUAAUGUCGAUGCUCUGAGUGUCUGGGCGGAUAAACACAGAGUUAUCUGUCCGAGUUGGACAUUUUUUUGUUUUGUUUUUUUGGGUCAGUUCUCGGUUAAUUACUUUAAUACAGCGAAUCAACCGGGCGCUCUGAUGGCACUCGGGAGGACGUAGUUAUCCUGGAAAUGGAAGAUAUUUCGCCUGUUCAAGUGUUGAAAGUUUAAAUUUUGCGCUGCUUUCCCCCCCUCUCCGAAACGCGAGGUGUGGCCAUGUGUGACGAGGCGGUGCGUCAGACACGCAGUCAGAAGCGUGCGUUAGAGCGGGAGGCUCUACCAGUGGAAUUGGAUGUAAAGAAGGUGAAGCUGGAGGAUGGAGACAGGGACGAUCGGCCUGUGCUGCGUCCCAGGCCCGAGGCCUCAGCGCGCAGCUCAAAUAUCCUGAGCGCCGGAGAGGUAAAGGCCACCAUAAAAGUGGAGCUGCAGACCAGAGACGAACCCGUAGACAUGAGCACCACUAAAGGCGAAGUUAAGAAAGAGAAGAGACCUUCCUCACCGGAUGAUGUCAUCGUGCUGUCUGAUAAUGAGCCGUCCAGCCCGCAGAUGAACGGCGGGAGCCACUUCAAAGAGCUUGACACGGACCUGCUCAUGAGGAGUAGUCCUGAAGAGAGAGUUCGCAUUAUAAAGACACUUAAGGAGGAGCUGAGGCUAGAAGAGGCCAGACUGGUAUUGUUGAAGAAACUCCGACAGAGCCAAAUACACAAGGAAACCAAUGUACAGAAGCCUUUAGGUUCAGGCUCUGUGGCCACGCCCCCUCCUCUGUUGAGAGGCUCAGUGACCAGCAAAGGAACUCAACCUCAGGUUCUCUCCAGCCGGAGCUCAGCGGGUGUCAUCCCUCCUCCUCUGGUGCGUGGAGGGCAGGUAUCCAAACACGGCUCGCAAAGCUCCCAGAUCAUCAUGCCUCCACUGGUCAGAGGAGCUCAGCCGAUCUCUGUGACACCACAACAGAUCGCAAGUCUGCGGCAGCAGCAGCAGCAGUACUCCAGUUCAGGCCCUCCACCCCUGCUGCUGGCCCCUAGAGCCUCUGUGCCCACUGUUCAUGGUCAGAAAAUCAUCCAGUCCAGCCUUAUUCGUGUGGCCAAUGUAUCUAAUGCCAACCUUCUCGUCAACGUUAGCCCAUCGAACACCAACCUGAAGACAUCCUCCACUCAGAGCGCUGUGGCAAGUGCCAACGACUCUCCUGCCAGCCGACAAGCGGCGGCUAAGCUGGCGCUGCGGAAGCAGCUGGAGAAGACUCUGCUGGAGAUUCCCCCUCCCAAACCCCCUGCCCCCGAAUUCAACUUCCUGCCCUCAGCAGCCAACAAUGAGUUCAUCUACCUGGUGGGCCUGGAGGAGGUUGUGCAGUGCCUACUGGAUGCCCUGGGGAGAGGUAAACCGGGAGGUUCUCAAGCUUCUGCCUCCACGGAGCCAUUUACAUGCACUCAGUGUAAGACCGACUUCACCUGCCGCUGGCGUAAGGAGAAGAGCGGUGCGAUCAUGUGCGAGCAGUGCAUGUCCACCAAUCAGAAGAAGGCCCUGAAAGCCGAGCACACCAAUCGGCUGAAGGCAGCCUUCGUCAAAGCCCUGCAGCAGGAGCAGGAGAUCGAGCAGAGGAUCCUCCAGCAGGCUUCCUCUCCUGCCUCACAUUCACCUUCCUCCUCAUCCUCGAGCCUCGUGGUGAAGUCGGAUUCGCACGUGAUUGUCUCUCAGCAGAUCAAGCAGCGCUCUUCCUCGCUCCAGCAGCACAGUCGAUCACAGCCCAUCAGCCACCACCAUUCCACUAUAACACAGAGUUCUGCUCAGCUGUCCCGCAGUGUUCAGUCAGCAGCGGCCCUGCGCGGUGUCUCUCACUCCUUCUCUCCAGCCUCCCAGCUCCAGAACGCUGUGGCAGCUGCCGCGCUGGUCAGCAGGCCAGGUAAGCAUGCUGUGCUUCAGGGGUCAAAGGUCAGCAGGAGCAGUGCCAGCGGCAGGACCUCUAAGACUGUGACAUCCUCCACCUGGAGGAGGCGGAACAACGCAACACCAGGUGUGACUAUGGCCUACGUGAACCCCAGCCUGCCUGUGCACAAGUCUUCAUCGUCAGCGGUGGAGCGUCAGAGAGAGUACCUGUUAGACAUGAUCCCCUCCAGAUCCAUCUCCCAGACUGCAAACACGUGGAAAUGACCCGGCAGCGUGCCACCUUCAGCUGAGCUUUCCUAACAUCACAAAACUCAGCCCUCUUCAAGAACCUCACCUGAAAUCCUGGAACAGCUCUGAGAACGGAUCUAGGAUCUCUGAGAUCAGCGUUGGGAUCAAGGAAGAGCUCAAGAGACUCCGGAGUCUCGCUUUCAAUCGUGGAACAUAUUCUGAAGAAAACCUUUUGGCUUCUAUUACAGAUUUUUCUCAGUCACCUGGUCUCUGAUUUUUUUUUUUUUUUCCUCCCUUUUUCAUGUGUGUGUCUUAAAAAAAUAAAAGUUUGAUCAUUGUGCAAAAACACUGAUGUAUAUUAAAGCAAUAGGCUCCGGAUCCAGCGUCACUCUGACCAGCUACUGAAGACGAUCGAAUGAAAAAAAAAAUGAAACCAAGAAAAUAAUAAAGGUUUAUUAGGGGGCUUAUUGAAGGGCUUCCACUUGUGCUUUGCUGCCAGGUUGUAAAUGUCAGUAGAGACUCGUAUUCCUAAGACUGAACCUGAUCGCGUUACUCCAGAGCUCAGCACUCAUGGAGCUGAUGAUGAUGAUGAUGAUGACGAUCCGGCCUUUUGGAUUUCAGAAGCAAAAUAAGAAACUGUGUCUUUUCUCAUGAAUUCAUGGAACUUUCCUUUCUUUGGAAGACAAAAAACAAGUAAAUAAGUUUUCUUAAAGAAAUGCAUAAAAAAAAAAAGAAUAAAUCUUAAGUUACAAAAACUAGAAGCCAGCAGAGCUACAUGAAGAGCCCUUUACGGAGAAAGGCAGUUUUUUUUUUAGUUUUUUUUGAUUGUAAGUUAUAUAGUUAAUUAAGUCCAAGCCUGACUGGACUUGUGUCUCUUUAAAAACAUUUUGCUUCAAAACUUGGUCAUCUUUCUUUUCUCCUUUGGAUUUAGUUUUUUAGGUUGGAGUCACAGUUUUGAUUGAGGCUCUUUUUCAGUCUCAGGAACACAUCAUGACCCAAAACAAAAUGCGAAUGAUUUCACCGAUCCAACAUGCAGCCCCUUUGUUCUUUGCUUAAACACAUCUGAGGUUGUUUGUCUCAGUUGUUACUCCCAUAACCUUUUAUUCAUGUUUUACGGUUCACAAAAUCAAAAGACAAAAAAAAAAAAAAAAAAUCAUUAUAAUAACUGAACAGUAAUUUAGUAAAACAUGUGCAUGAUGGAUUGGAGCCUUGUGUUUGUGUGUUGGUGUUUAAUUCCAGUCCACUUGAUUUGCGUCCUCGUCUUUAUGGUUUUAUGUGUCAUUGUUUACUUUUGCUUUCUCCAGCUUCAUCUUCAGCAGAUUUGGUUUCCAGUAGGUUAAGGAACAGCAUUUCACAUGAAACACCUUUUAUAAGAUGUCGUGACUCCCCCCUCAUUAAAAAACAAAAAAAAAAUUUGUUCGAAAAUUCGAUUGUUAACAGUUUGUAAAGCUGGAAGGUAUUUAUUGGUAAAAUAAAUGAAAAAUAAAUGGAUUUUAGACGACUUUUCUGUCAGAUAUUAUUACUACUGCUACUCCUUUUUCUUUUUCAUGUGACUGCAUUACCGUCAGCUCGCCCCGUUUCUCUUUUGUGUUUUAGAUUACUGAGAUCUCGUCACAAUUUCUAUAUCGUUUUUGUCGUCUUUGCCGUUUGUUCGGCUCCGUUACUCCUCAGACACGUGUCCUCCUCGGUGUGGACGCCGUACUGUUCAGCUGAUCGGACACUGAGGCGUCCUCGGCGUCUCUGCUUGAUGUCACGCCGCUGUUUCAGGAGUUUAAUAGCAACGCUCACUUGCUCCUGUUCUGCCGCACUGUACAAACUCAUGUUACGAUUUGUUAGGUUUACUUUUGUUUCCCAGUUUGAGAAGUAAUAAUAAUAAAAGUAUUUUAACCUAUUUUAA